AUGAACACCGGGCUUUCCCAAGACCUCAAUCGGCCUCUUCCGCCGUACGGGUCCGACUUUGCCCACACCAGCCGGCUAAAUGAGGCGCAGCAGUCUCAGCUACCACCCGCACCAGGACGAGUCCUCGCUGAUGUCACGGAAGAGGACGGCGAUGAGCCUGCAGCUGAUGAUGGUGCGGACCACUUCAGCGUGAUCUCUUACACCAGUGAGGCGGACUGCAUUGAGACCGCUCCAGUUGCGCAUGCGUACACAGACAGCACCGCGGUUGUCAAGCACCGAGAACCACCUGCGGUCAGGGCCGAGCAGGAGGGCAGCACAAAGGAGGGUUCCCGGACACCCUCUGAGCUGAGAAGACAGAUGCGGGCAUUCUUCACUCCACGGGCUCCAAGGGACCCGAACCCUCCUCUCGGAGAUCGGUCGCGGUGGUCCCUGCGAAGAGGUCCUUUCCGCAGGGAGGACGACGCGUCCUCUGGGUUGACCCGCAGACAUGUCAGAUCAGACAUGACUGAACCUGACGCUCCCCCCAUCGCAACCGUCGAUCAAUCGCGUCGGAUCAUCAGAGAGCUGAUCAAUAUCAGUGGCACCAUGUACCCCCCGGAGAUCGCGCAAUGGCUGUGCCUCAAGGACCUCUCAAGGAAGUUCCCUGACCCGUUUGAGCAACUCAGCCUAGCCGACAUGACGCUGAACGAGUUGCUUGGGGAUCUCCAGGGCCCUCCGUCUCUGUCUCAAGCCCCGACGCACGUUUGGAGAACUCUGGAGGACUGGUCCACAGUGGAGAGCAGUCUCGACCCACACCGGAAUUCCCUCGACAUCAUGCAGGCCAUGAAUACUCGCCUGUCAGAAACACUUGGACUUGGGGAGCAUGGUUCGUUCGUGAUGGGAACUGGCGCUGAGUGCUCCGCACGCAAGAAAUUGGAGCUGAUCACUGCGGCCGUGGUGAAGAAGCUGCAGAAAUUGAGAGAACGCGCGGCCACCUACUCAUCCUCCCGAGCCACCUGGCAACAGGCGUCAGCUGGUACCGGUGGUGGCCCUCCACAAGAGCCGCCCAAGAGAUUCAACUCCAAGGGGGAGUGGGACAGCCACCAGGCCCCUGAUACCACUUGGGGAGACGUCGGGAGCUCCAAGAUGGGCCGCGGACUAUUUUUCGCGUUGGCGGCUCUGGGUACAGCAACCGUUGUGAAGGCAUCGACCGAUGGCGCUCCAAUGAGGGCUUCUGCCUGUGCCGUCCGCGAUAAUAUGACCAACAGUACACCAGCGAAAAGAUCGUCUUCAAAGCUGCGCCCGCUAGAAUUCAUGACGCCCACCGUUGCUGUCCGUGCUCGCUUCGGCCUGUGCGCACGGUCCGAAAGACACACCUCGUCUGCAGCACCAGCCUCGCCAUCCUGA